UGAAGUCCGUCCGUCAUUUUGACAGGUUGCAAUUCACACCCCAGACCACAGGGUGGCGAGUUAGCAUAUUAAUUAGCUAUUGUCUCUCUUAAUGCAUGACGUUGCUGGCUCUUCUGUCAGAAUAUUGUAGCAUCACCGGGGUUUGGCGGCGGCACCGUGAUUGACACAUCAACGCGAGGUUCUUAUUGGUGCACCCGGUGUGCCAGCGCGUCAUCCAAUUGAUGGACAAGAUUGCCGCCUGUGUAUAGACCCCAAUCACAUGACGUCACAACUCCGCCCCCCUGACUGGAGCCGCCAUAUUGUGUGUCAGCUCGUCAUGUUUACACAUUACCGCUACGUACAUGCCUUCUAUUACGGUGUGUUUUUCUGCUCGUUAAUAUUAAUAAUCAAAAUGGUGAAGGCGUGUGUGGUGGUUGGUUGCUGUAACAGAGAAGAUAGACGGAGAGACUUAAAGUUCUACCGUUUUCUGAGAGACCCGAAGAGGAGAGCGAGAUGGACUGCUGUAAUUGGUCAAGAAAUCUGGGCACCAAAUGAUCACCACAGACUAUGUAGUAGUCAUUUUAUAUCUGGCAAUGGCCCUCACCAUGACAGAACAUGCUGCUAUGAUGAGCAGAACGUUGUAGACGGUGUUUACUGCCACCCUAUCUGCCAUUGGAUCGAGGAGACGGGCCACACGGAUGAGAUGAAACAUACCACCAACUUCUACUUCAGUGUGGCUGGUCAGAAUGCAAUGCACUUCUCCAGGGUGCUCCCAAGGCUUUGGCUGGGCAGCUGUCCUAGACUGCUAGAACAUGUGACUAUCAAGAUGAAGCACGACCUUGGAAUCAGUGCAGUAAUGAACUUCCAGACAGUGGGGGAUGUAAUGAACAACUCCCACGGCUGCAGGGAGAACUUUGACGAAGCGAUGACGCCAGACACCAUGAUGCAUUUGUACAACCGCUGUGGCCUCGUGUACGUUUGGAUCCCAACGCCUGACAUGAGCACUGAGGGUCGCAUUAGGAUGCUACCACAGGCUGUAUUCCUGCUUCACGGUCUCCUAGAGAAUGGUCACUCCGUGUACGUCCACUGUAACGCCGGCGUGGGCCGCUCGACGGCUGCCGUGUGCGGCCUGCUCAUGUACGUGUUGGGCUGGAGCCUCAGGAAAGUGCAGUAUGUUGUGACCGCCACUAGGCCUGCUGUUUACAUCGACGAGGAAGCUUUGGUGCGAGCUCAUGAAGACUUUAUUCUCAAGUUUGGCCGGCUGCGACCAUCCAUUUCUUACGCAGAAUCAUGAAAGUGGAUCAAUCAGCGUCAGUUACGUUUUUCAAAAUGGAUGUACAUAAACGAUGGACAUAAAAUUCAAGCUUUAGAACAACUUUAGUGAUGCACAACCACCAAUAGAUGGCAGUGAUGCUCUAUUUCAAUAGAAAUCAGCAAAGUUAGGGUUUCUGGGUGAAACGGCUGCAUUUUAUGAAACCUACCUAUAUUCUUUACUUUGUUUCUAAAGAACAGUAAACAGUAGAUUUAAACUUUUUUUUCCUGGUGAAAGAACAGUCUUUUUUUUCAUUUGGUAGCGUCGUUAUUAGGGUUGGGCAUUGGGCAUCGAUGGGAUCCGGGACUAACACUUCGAUCUUCCAGGAACCGUUCAAAUUUCUCAACCAGUUUUCUUAACAAAAACUGUUUCUGAUUUUAUACUGUACCCACUGCUAAUCAGGACUGGGUUUUACAAGUUGAUUUUUUUGUUUGUUUGUUUGUUUGUUUGAUAUUCUGCACCAGGUUAGCCCAUUAGUGGGAGCUCAAUAACAUGUAAAAAUGCCUGCGCAUAAGACACUCUAAAACAAAGGCAAAGGAAUAUAUUGCGGAAAACACAGACAUGACUGAAAAAGCAGUUUCUGCUCUUGCACUCCUCUUUAAAAGGAACUGCUGUACUUUAAGCCAAAACAAAUGUUGUGUUUGAUAGAACAACAUGUCUAUAUGCUGCCAUAGCAGAUUCAUGGCGCAUUAAGCCCCCGAACUAUUUUUAAUUUGUCCGUUUUACCAUGAAAACCCCCAUUUACGGAUGUCGCGAAACUGCUUUUGUUUUAACCCAGCUAUAAAACUAAGGUAAUUAAUUAUAUUUAUUAUUCAAAAUGUCUGUCAUUUUUAGCUUAGAAUCAUUAAUUGAUGUCUAAUAUUUCAUUAAAAAAAAAAGCCUUUAAAAAAAUUAUUCACUCGCAUAUUUUUAUUUACUUUUAAACAAAUGACGUCACAAUGAAAAAAAUGGCGUCUGUAAAAAAAGUCACAGAUAUCUACCUCAUAACUAUCGCUUAAUUGUAGUUUUUUGAUACUGUCGCAUUUUCUCUGAUAUGUUAGAUGAUAAAUAAUCGAUCCAAACAAAGAAAAUUUGGAAAAAAAAAAAAAAAAAGUUAAAAAAACGGGGUAAAUAUAUGAAAAAGAAAAUCUCAACCACUCCUUGAUGUCUGCGAUUUCUGCAUCGCGACCCUUGUUAUAUUGCCAUGUUUCAAACAUUAAAUCCCCCAAAAUCCAGCUGUGGGCAUUCACAACUAUGUCUUGACACUCAGUGAUACUUGCUACAUGGAGAUUUUGGAUCGAAACAAGGUAAGUACGCGAUAAUAUCUUGUUAAAGUCAUGGCGUCUGUAAUUCUGCUCUCGCGUGCGCUUGCCUCCAGAUAGGGUUUUGCUGUUUGAAAAACAUUAAAAAAAAAAAAAAAAUGCCCUCCUGUUCAAAAUUUUUCUUCCCCCAGAAAAUUGAGAUGUCAAGCUUUCCAAUGAUGUAUCACACGUGCAUAUUGGACAUUUGUCAAAUUUGGCCAAAUUGGGGCUCUUAAAGCGGAACUUCAAGUCACCUGAGUGCUUUCCACCAUAUGUAAAUGUUUUCUCCGUGAGCUUUUGAAAAAUAAACAUC